UCGUCGCAUCGGGAUCCCAUCUUCUUCUCUCAGUUCUUUAUCUCCUUCCCUCCUCUCCGUCAUUCCUUCAUUGCCGUGGUCUCCCCAGACCCGGUACGGUGCGGUCAUUAUCUUCCACCCUGUGGUGCAGCGGGUCUUUCCCAACCAAAUAAAUAACACGUCUCUCAGCGUCUCAACAUCCGGUGCUACCGCUCGCCAGGGAAGUCCUACAAGACUGAGAAUCUGGCAUCUUAUAUCUAAAUAGAGUCAUUCAUCAUGGCCGACGCGCUGAAGAACCUCCCUCUUCCUACCAUCGAUCGCCCGUUUGGCAUCGAGCUAUGGCCCAUCUUCGACAAGGCUUUCGAAGCCGUCGUUGGCUAUCCCGCACAUGACUUUCGAUUUGUGGAGGGUGUGACGCCAAUGUCAACAUUGAAGGAGACAGCCAUCUCACUGGUCUCGUACUAUAUUAUCAUUUUUGGUGGUCGGGAGGUUAUGAAGAACUUCGCGCCCCAGAAGCUCAACGGCCUGUUUAUGAUUCACAACUUCGUCCUAACGGUGAUCAGCGCCAUCUUGCUGGCUCUAUAUGUUGAGCAGCUCCUGCCCACUAUCUGGAGACAUGGUAUUUUCUUUGCCAUCUGUAACCACGAGGGUGGCUGGACCCAAGAGCUGGUUGUUUUGUACUAUCUCACGUACUUGACCAAGUAUCUGGAAUUGCUUGACACGGUCUUCUUGUUCCUCAAGAAGAAGCCAUUGACCUUCCUCCACACCUACCACCAUGGCGCUACCGCCCUGCUGUGCUACACCCAAUUGAUCGGUCUGACUGCUGUCUCCUGGGUUCCCAUCACCCUGAACCUGGCUGUGCAUGUUCUCAUGUACUGGUACUACUUCCAGAGCGCUCGUGGAGUCCGUAUCUGGUGGAAGCGCUACAUCACCAUCUUCCAGAUCGUCCAGUUCAUCAUUGACCUCGGCUUUGUCUAUUUCGCUUCCUACACCUAUUUCUCCUCCACAUACUUCCCAUGGCUUCCCAACUGUGGAAAGUGUGCUGGAGAGGAAUUCGCCGCCUUUGCUGGUAUGGCAAUCCUGAGCUCCUAUCUCCUCCUCUUCAUCUCCUUCUACUUCGCCACCUACAAGAAGACCGGAAAGAGCGGCAGACCUCGCCGCAACACGGGCAAGAAGGCCCUGAUCGACAUGAAGGACCUGGAGGUCCCCUCCGUCCCCAGCCAGCGUGCCAACGGCGCUGCAAACUCCAACGGCCAGGCUACCACUUCGGCGCGUCAGAACGGUCCCGUGACCCGCUCGAGGAAGGCAUAAGCCCGCAGUGGUGUCUACAAGAUAGACCGCUGGAAACGCUGGUAGUCUUCUGCCUGCAGGCUACUCUCUAUAUUGUUUGGAUGACGAACAUCGCUGACCAUCCUGGGUCACGAGACGAGCCGGCGAUGAUGCGACAGGAGAGAUGAACAAAAUAUACAUUUCUA